CGUAUUGACAAACAUUGUAUUGAUUGAAUCUAACGUUGUAUUCAUUCAAAUCUUGUCGGAUCCUUCAGUAUCGCUUUAUGAUUUGUCGGUAGUUUACCUAUAAAAUCCCUAUACUGUAUUUUUUACCGAGGUAAUAUAAUAAGUCUUUUUUUUCUUAACGCUGAAAUUUUAAAUGAUAAGGAUUGUAAAAACUCAAAGACGUGAGCAAAAUUAACGGGUCGUUCUCUUCGCAGCAAUCAUGGAGCCGGCUAUUGACUGGUGGGAAAAUUAUUUAGAAAAAUUUCAUGCAUUAAGAAUCAAAUUCACUGGGGUGCCGAGAACCCUCUGCUACCAUGGAGCGGAUCAGCUUGGCAAUUCUUUUUACGUUAAAUUCAAACGUACUGAGGAAAAAGAACCCGAGCUGGUAUUGAUAUUGUUCAUCGAUGGAGGAUCGACCAAAUACGAACUGCCGCAGCAUCCGAAUACGGUGAUAAAGCGAGAUAAAGACAGCUGGUCUGCCGAUGGCUUGACCAUGACAGUUUUGGAAGAGGAAAAGAGAGUGCGAAUAACAUUUAAUGGUCUUUUGAGAAAAGGCACACGUACGAGCGUCGACGAGGAUAUCCACACUGGACUCGAGCACGUCCGAUUGAAUUUCAUAUUCGUAGCUUCCACUAAACCCUUUCCGACUCACGGACGGAAACGCAAAUCAUUGCAGGGUUUUACCGAAAUCGAUCAGUACGGAUCGAUGAUGGGUCUGGUCAGACUUGAAAGCAAAAGCCACGAACUCUUUUUUCGUGGAAUGCGUCAAUUGUAUGUGGGUGAAAUAAAAUUCGCCCUCCCAAGACUGACUUUGAUGGGAGUGGAUCAAAUUGGAAAUAUUUUUUGCAUUCAUGUUGAUGCCGAAAAUUCUGAGUCGCAAAUAAAAAAAUUUGGACAUAUAAAGGAUCCGCUGGACAAUUUUCGGAUCAUCGACUCGAGCAAUCUAACUUUUGAGGAUUUCAUGUACUCAGUUAAACAUAAUAACGAUUAUUCAAGUUCAUUUAAAACUGAUCAAACUUACGAAGUAAAGAUAUCGUGGCGAAAAGGAAUGACAUACGGAAUAUACGGAGGAUAUCCUUGGAAUCAUAAGACGAGGUAUUUGCACUUCACCAUGGAACUGAAUGGUACGAAAGGCUUCGCAAUAGCGGAAUAUACCAAGUCCUACGUUGGAACUUGUCCCAUAAAUAUACCCAUCACGGACUUGAGUGAUAGAAGAAACCGACUGUUCCCGGAAUUUAAACAUUACCACGCUUAUCUGCUCCCCCUGAGCUCAACCGAGUGCCAAGACGAGAGGCUGGUCGGAGGUAGAGGUGCCUCGCUCGCCCAGAUGAAGUCGUUAAAAAUGCCACAGUUCGUCGUAGCAGAUGGUUUCUGUAUCACAACUGAAGCCUUCACGCACUUUUUGAGCCACAAUAAAGAGCUAUCGGCAGCCGUAAAAGAAUUGAAGCGCGAAUACAAUCCUGGUUUCGUUCCAACGCGUCCUCUGGAUUACGAUCCCGAAAAAGAAAUCAAAUUUAAGAAAACCGAAGCGUUGGAUAAAAUCGCCGAACUGUUCAAGACGGCCAAAAUGCCAGAUCAGAUGAAGCAAGCGAUAGACGAUUAUUUCCAUAACAAUAUCGGGUCGCGCUACCAUACGUAUCUUUGCGAGGUGCACUGCAGCGCCUACCACGAAGACGCGGAUGAAAAAAUGUGGGGUGGUCUGGACGAGUGGUUCUGCGACGUGAGUUGCGAAGACGUCUACCAGGCCGUGAUCGACUUGUGGGCCAGCUUGUACAAGCCUUUUUACGUCGAUUACCGGGCCUCGAACGGCCUACCCCUGGACCGUCCCAUCGGCGUGGUCAUACAGCAGCAGUUGGCGGACCCCGACGCGUUCGGCGUCCUCUUCACCAGACACCCGCGCACGGGCGACCCGCGAAAGAUCUACGCGGGCUCUCACAGCGGCGCCCACAAGCCGGACAAUUACCACUUCUCGAUCCGGGUGGCCGUCGACCGGCACAACGAGUUCAAGCUCGAGGACAACGGUCCGAUCUACCUCGACGGCGACUCGUCCAACAUCGAGCGGACGAACCAGGUCCGCAUCGGGAACAAGGUCGCCCUGAGACUCGCCGAGAUCGGCCGAGAACUGGACGAGCUCUACGGUUCGGCCCGCUUCAUCGACUGGUCGUACUACGCCAAAGGGGACACGAUCUAUCUGCACUAUAGCCGGCCGCUGACGCACUUCGAAGCCUGGACGGAUUUCGAGCUGACCCACGAGCUCGGCACGGGUGUGCCCGCCGACAAGGACAUGCUGACCUCGGUUCACGCGGCCGAGAUUUUCCCCUACUGCGUGACGCCGCUCACCCGCACGGUCGUCUGCGAGGCUCUCGCCCCGUCGUCCUACUACCGCGAGUUCAGAUCCGUCGACGUCGACGACGACUUCUACAUCCACAAGAAUGCGUUCGUCAUCUUCAACAACAGGGUCUUUUUCAAUUAUUUCAACAUCGCGUUUCGCAGCCGAUGGGCGACGACCGACAAAAGCAUCGUCGCCAGAGAUUUCGCCCGUGGCGGACAGUCGAUCGUCGCGCCGGAAGUGCUCGAGGACGCGAAAAGGCGCAUCCACGCCUCCGACGGUGCGAUCGUCGACAAUCUCAAGCAUCUCGGCGGCAUUUGGCUGGACUACCGCGGCUCCAAGGGCGUCGAACUCGACUUCGUACAGCUAUUACUGAAACCGUACAGAUCCGCUCGAUACGGAGACGAAGACGAGGAGAUGAAACAUCUGAACAGAAAGAUAUGCGCGUUGCGCGACGCCUCGCGGACUCACGGCCACUUCAUGCGUCGUAGCGAGCGUCGCCUGGUGCGGCUCCUGGACAGGCUCGCGCGCGGCAAGGACAUCACCGACCAGACCCUGUCGGACACGUCGAUAGUGCUGGGCUACCCCACGGAUCUCCCCAGCAACUCUCUGCCGACAUUGAUGAAUUCGAUCCUGCGUAGCAAAUAUUACAACCCCGAACGACUACUGAUAAACCAUAAAAGUUUCAUUCGCGAUUACCGUGAGAUGUGGCACUUUCUCGGCUUCAACGAAUUGGAAAUGGCCUCGGAGCCUUUUGGCAUGAGGCCAGAUGCCAUUUUCAGGAUGCUCACGAAAAUAAAGUGGGUAAAAAAACCGGUUGUGACCAAGCCCUUGGAGGCGGAAUUCAUGAAGGAAUUGAGAAAAUUUCCAGAAGCACGCGUACGAGCCGCGGCAAAUCUGGUACCGGGCCUGAUCAAGAGCUUGCGGCGCCGAGAAGAGUCCCGAGAGCUUCUCAGCAAAGCAGUUCAAAUACUGAGGAUGUACUUCUGCCUGAUGGCCGACGAGCUGGUGAAGGCGGGCAAAUUGCCCGACGUCGGCUUGAUACACUACUUGACGCGCGAGGAGGCGCUGUCACUGGCGAAGCCCGAGGCAGUGCCUAUGCCGGACCUGAUCAGGAAGGCCCAUCGUCGCAGGGAACUCUGGUUCGAGCUCGACCGGAUGAUCUAUUAUCCGGAAUACUGGUACGGUGUGCCGAGGCCCAUCGACAGAGACGGCCGGUUCUUCAGAUCGUGGUUGGAGCGCGAGGAGAUUUACGGCACGCCGAUUUUCCCCGGUGAAGUUAGGCGCGGUGUGCUCAUCGUCGCCAGGACGCCCGAGGAGACCCAUUGCUUGAUGACAGAUUCUCCAGUGCAGCCAAACGUCAUCCUCGUGACUCCGUGCAUCGACGCGGGCUGGAGCCAAUUUUUGCCGUUCGUCGGGGGAGUGAUCACCGAGCACGGUGGCAUCCUCAGCGAGGGAGCGUUGAUCGUGCGCGAGAGCUCCUUGCCGUGCAUCAUGGGCGUCCCCAUGGCCACGAAUAUCUUUAGAACGGGCGAUCCGGUGUACAUGGACGGAUAUAACGGUGAAAUUAAAAGAUUGCGCAGAGAGACGGCCCAAAGACAGGCUUCCGUCCCAAGAUCGCCUGGCGAUGAGCCCCAAAUAGAGGCUUCCGUCCCAAGAUCACCUGUCGAUGAACCCCAAAGAGAGGCUUCAGUCCCAAAAUCGCCUGACAAUGAGCCCCAACGAGAGGCUUCCGUCCCAAGAUCGCCUGAAAAUGAUCCAGACAAAACAGUGCGCUUCAAUGAAACUGUAAAAGUCACAAAGAUGAAUCUACUGUAAUGCGAACGCGCUUUGAAAAAGCUGGGAUAAAAAUCAUUCAUUAAAAUUAUCAUUCACUGAAAGUCAGAGUGAACAAUUAAUUUUUUUGUAUUUUUAUAAAAUCAACUCAAGUCGUGUUGUCAAAUAAAUAUGUGAAUAUUUGUACAUUUUAAA